AUGGGUCUGUUUGUUGGAGAUGGUUCUUUUUGGUCCUAUGCAUUGGAGAAGCCCAACACAGGCAGUGUGUUCAGCUUGGCCUGGUCUGCAGACGGCACCCAGCUGGCCGGGGCCUGCGGCAACGGGCAUGUCAUCUUUGCCCAUGUGGUGGAGCAGCAUUGGGAGUGGAAGAAUUUUGUGAUCACCCUGACAAAGAGGAGAACCAUGCAGGUGAGGAAUGUGAUGAACGAUGCGGUGGAUGUGCUUGAGUUUCGGGAUCGAGUCAUCAAAACUUCUCUUGCAUACGGUCACCUGGUGGUGGCCACUUCCCUCCAGUGCUAUGUCUACAACUCAAGAAACUGGAACACUCCGCUCAUCUUUGACCUGAAGGAGGGAACAGUGAGCCUCAUCCUGCAAGCAGAGAAACAUCUUCUGCUAGUGGAUGGAGCAGGCUUGUAUGUAUUUUCCUAUGAGGGUCGAUUAAUAUCAUCCCCCAAGUUCCCUGGUAUGAGAGCUGACGUCCUAAACGCCCAGGGUGCUUCACUGAGUUACGACACAAUCGGCAUCAGAGACAAGAGUGAUGAAAAAGUCAUUCUUCUCUUUGACGCUCUGAGCGGGAAAGCCCUUGGCGAUGGCAAGCCCCUGACUCACAAGCUGGAGGUGGUGGAGAUAGCUCUGGACCAGAGUGGCCCAUCCAAUGAAAGGAAGAUCGCCCUUAUAGACAAGAACCGUGACCUUUACGUGACCUCUGUGCGUCAUCUUGGGCGAGAAACCAAAAUCUGCAAACUUGGCAGCAUGGUGCACAGCAUGGCAUGGAACGAUGCUGCUAACAUCCUGUGUGGUAUCCAGGACAACCAGUUGACAGUGUGGUACUACCCGAGUGUUGUCUUCACUGACAAGGAACUGCUGCCAAAAACUCUACUCAUAAAGGAUGGCAGUGAGUUCAGCCGUGCUCCCCAUAUUCUGAGCUAUGUUGGCACCAAGGUGACGUUACGCCAAGGAGACGGAUCACUGGUGUACAGCAAUAUACCGCCCUACCCAGCCCUCCUGCAUGAAUACAGCGCCUCUGCCCGGUGGGAGGAUGCUCUGCGCCUCUGCCGCUUCGCAAAGGAUCAGUCAUUGUGGGCGUGUCUUGCUGGAAUGGCGAUGGCCCACAGGGAGUUGACCACAGCGGAGAUGGCUUAUGCUGCCAUCGGAGAGCUACCUAGGGUGCAGUACAUCAACUUUAUAAAGGAGCAGCCAUCUAAGGAGUCAUCUUUGGCCCACAUGCUGAUGUUCAGUGGUCAGGUCCAGGAGGCGGAGGCCACACUGUUACAAGCUGGUCUCAUCUACCAGGCCAUACGAGUCAACAUUGACCUUUUCAACUGGGAGAGGGCACUGGAGCUGGCAGUGAAACACAAGACCCAUGUUGACACAGUGCUGGCCUAUAGAGGAAAGUUCCUACAGAAGUUUGGCAGGGAGGAGACCAACAAGAGAUUCCUGCAGUACUCUGAAGGGGUUGAGGUGGACUGGGAGAAAGUCCAGGCGAAGAUAGAGAUGGAGUUGUCUAAUGAGAGAGAGAAGGCUGCUAACACCUCUGUGAGGAGCAGCGUGGCCUCACGACGUUAAUGUUCUGUGGACCUUUCUACUAAAAUUCUACUUGCAUAACAUGGCUAUGAUAAGUUACAAGUGCAUUAACUUCAAGAUCAUUUGGAGAUGUGAAGAUUAGAAUUGCUCUGAUGAAUAUGUUGUUGACUUUGGCUCUUACACUAAAAUCUUGUGGCUUGUGCUGUGUAAUGUAAAACAUUGGCAUUGUGUUACCGCCGGGUGGAUGAUUUUCACUUCGCAGAGACUACAACAUAAUGGCCUUUCCGUCAUAUCAGCUUCAGAGUGAUUUCAGUGUCAAGUUCAAAUCUGAAUGUUAUCUUUUACAGUUGUCGAGAAUUACGUGAUGUGCUCAGUCAUGCAAAGAUGUAUUGCUUUGUUUGUUCAGUGAUGUGUGAUUGAUUGAUUUAUUGUGUGUUUUUAUAUGGAUAGAUAUUUUUACAAUUUAUAUAUUCAACAUUUUGCCUCGUGUAAACACUAAAAAGAGUUCAGUAAAUAAAACUGAUGGAAAUAAUGUA